UAAAAGAGAGGAGAGCAGAAGAACAACCAACAAGACGGAGUCACACUCAACAGAGUCCCGCCAGCCAUAAGGAUCAAGUUCAAGCUGUGUGUCUCUCUCCUCCCUGUCUGCUGCUAUGUGGAAGGCUGCAGUGCUGGUGUUUGGCCUGCUGGUGGCGCUGGUGGGCCGGGGCGAGGCCAGCGAGGGUCUGCCCUCCAUCUACGGGGUGAAGCUGUGUGGGAGGGAGUUUAUCAGAGCCGUCAUCUUCACCUGCGGAGGGUCCCGCUGGAGGAGGUCACCUGGGGAGACAGGUGACCUUUCCCUCGACGGUGAAGGUGAGGCCUACAACCCCUGGAGCUCCAACUCCAUCCUCGGACUCGCCAGCCAUCAAAGCCCAGGCCUGGAGGCCCCAGCCCGGGCAGGGGACGCCAGAGACACGGGGUCCGCCGGAGCCGCGACCGGCUUCAACCGAUUGGCUCGCUCGCCCAUGUUAGAGGAAGUGCUGGAGGCUCUUCGCAGUGCGGACAGGAAGGGCCGGGACGUUGUGGUGGGGCUGUCCAACGCCUGCUGCAAGUGGGGCUGCAGCAAGAGUGAGAUCAGCUCUCUGUGCUGAUCUCCUACCUCUCCUCCUCCUUCUCCUCCUACCUCUCCUCCUCCUCCUCAUAGCUCAAGAAAAGGAUGACGGCAAACCAUGCACUGACAUUGUAUCACUUGCUGAUAGGAAAUGGAGUGUUUGAAUAAAAUUUGUGUUUUGAAACUGG